AUGAAAAAUUGUUCUCAGUCUUAUAUAUUUUCUACAAAGCUAUCGUAAAUCAUUAGAAACGGAUGUACUGUUACAAUAACGGUUUAUCAAGACCGACUCUCUUUGACAGGAUUGAGAAAAACCAGCAAAAGUGAAAAAAUCGACAAAGAAUUCGAUUUUUAAACUACACAAUAUGUUGUACAUUGGGAUUACUCUCAAGACAUUGAAAGUUUCAGCCUAUGCAAACAGAAUGCCAAGAAGUACACUUUCAGUGCCAGCAAUGACCAGCUCAGCCAGCUAAAAAGUAUAUUAAGCGGGUCUAUUGGUUUUGCAAACUGGGAAUCGGAUUACAAAUAUAUUAAACACAUCAGAGACAACUCGAAAAGUUAGGUAAUCCUUGGUAAACAAGAAAAUUAGUUUUAAGUUCUAAAGCGCAUUGAUUAUCCAGUUUCUUCUGAUGAAUUACUAGCCCUUAAGCUUCUUCGGGAGAAUCCUCACCCGAACGUACUUGGCUUCAACUCAUAUUACAUUGACAAUAUGCAUUGCUACAUUGCAAUGGAUUAUCUAUCCCAUGGCACGCUAUUAGACCUUCAGAAGAGGUACAAUUUUAAAAUACCGAUGAGCAUCAUCUAAGAAGUGAUGCAACAAAUUUUAGAAGGUUUAAAUCACUUGCAUCAAUUAAAAAUUAUACAUCGAGAUAUUAAAUAUGACAACAUAAUGAUUGCUUCUUUUAACCCUCUACAAAUCAAAAUCAUCGAUCUAGGACUCUCGGCAAUCAACAACACUUCCAACUCCAGGGCUGGCACCGUCGGAUACAUGGCUCCAGAAGUAUUUUCCUCAUCUAGAGUCACUGAAAAAAUAGACAUUUUCAGUGCCGGAGCUGUAUUCCACAAAUUACUUGUUGGUAGACCGAUCUAUGAGGAUUAUUGGCAAAAUUAAGCAGCUGACAUUAGAAUCAGUUCUCACAUUUAGAAUAAAAAUGCCUAAGAUUUAUUGCAUCAAAUGCUAAGUCUAGACCCUAAACUAAGAUACAAUGCUCAAGACUGCAUUGGUCACCCUUUCUUCACUGAUGAAACCGACCAAUUGUCUUAGAAAGCUUAAUUGUUUUUUUAUCUAUCCCCAAAAUAAGCCAAGUUAUAAGUUCACACUCCUGCAACAGAUUUCGUUUCAAAUUAAAAUGUGAACCCCUUUAGACUAAAUUGA